AUGAGAAGAGAAGAGAUAUUUAUGAUAUUGAAAUUAUCUCUGUUGGUUUUCAUUGAUGAUUUUGGUAAAAAAAAUAAUUUUGUUCUUUUUUCAAAUGUAGUGUACCUAUUCAAACCAGAUAGUCCUAACCCUUUGUUUGUCAAGAAGAAUGUAUCUGAAAAACCUGUUUUGAGUUCACUGUUUGUACCAAAGAAGGUGAAAAAUGGCACCAAUGAAAUAAAACGGAGUUCUCUCGAAAAUUCUCAGCUAUACUUUUUUAAUGAAGACCAGUGUCUUCUUACUAUGACAGAUAACCAUGAUGAUGACUUUGACAGUAAUUUAGAAAAGAUCAAAAUGAAGAGGACCUUGCCUAUGACACCGUUUGGUUUCUUACAAGCACAGCAAAAAGCAUCAGGUGUCAAAGAAAUUGAACAAGUACCUCUUGUUAUUCAAACUACAGAUUCAGCAAAAGUAUGUAUUUUUUUUUUUUUUACUGGAUAAU